GCCCUUGAAUGCACCGUGGCUGUCACAUGGCAAGUGGAGUUGAUGGAGCACGCGCUCCAGUUGAGCGGUUCUGCGAACUUCUUCGGCUCGCCUUGUGUGCGACACUGUCGUGUGUCACUUUGGGAAUGUUUGUGUUGGCUCCUUUCUUCGAGAGGUGUCCCCCGAAACAACAUUAGCUCGAGAGCCGUCGAAAGGAGACGCCUAUCGGUUUUCGUCCUGGAACUCUGCCUUGGAUGCCAUUUUUGCCCAGUCCCUUCCUUUAUUGCCACGAACACUGACCUUAACUGAAGCAAGAUGGUACAUGUGGCGAUUCUGUCAGAAAUACUUUUGAUGCAGAUGCAUAUCUGAGGUCUAAUGCUGCCCACCAUUAUCAUGGAAACUGAGGCUAGUCACAUGCUUGAGGCAGCUCUGGAGCAGAUGGAUGACAUCAUUGCAGGUUCAAAAGCAGCAGCACUGGAGCUCACUAAUGGCGUGUAUGACCUUAGUUCGGCCAUCAGCUCCAGGCCAAUGCAGGUCAUCCAGUUAGCUGUGGACCUUAAGCUUGCUUUGGAGCUCCAGGAAAACCAGGAAGACAAAGUGCGCCUCAGAGAACAGUUGCCCACAGAAACAGCAGAGGUUCUCAAAGACUGGCUCCAGAGUGGAGAUGUGAACUUGUGUCCUCGUGCCAACAAUGAAAGCUACCAAGAGAGACUCCUCCGCCUAGAGGGGGACAAAGAGUCCUUGGUGUUACAGGUGAGUGUACUGACUGACCAGGUGGAGGCCCAAGGGGAGAAGAUCAGAGAUCUAGAAAGCUCCCUAAAAGAACACAGACAGAAACUAGCCUCCACUGAGGAAAUGCUGCAACAGGAGCUGGUGAGCAGGACGUCUCUGGAAACUCAGAAGUUAGAUCUGAUGGAUGAGGUCUCGUACCUGAAACUGAAGUUGGUUAGCAUUGAGGAAACGCGCAACACACAUCUACAAGAUCCCAUGGACACAAACCAGAACAAAGCAGAGUGCGUGGUAAAUCUCAUCAGUGAGCUCCAGGAGCAGAUGUGCAGGUUUCAGGAGGAAAUCGGCGCUCGCAUUCAGGAGAAACGGGCCCUGGAAGAUUGCCACGCCCAGCAUGGAGAGUCACUGGCCGAUCAAGCCCAGGGUCACAGCCCUGUGGUCAGGCUAAGCGGCACAAACCUUAGCCUGUGUGACUCUGGUGCUUGGACGCACAACGGAGGACUGACAGCAAAUGAUUUAUUACAAGAGGUGAAGCAGCUCAAAAAUAAAGUGGACGAUCUGGAGAGUGAGAAGGGAGAGUAUGAGAGGCAACUUCGCGUCACCAAGUCGCUCAUGACUCAGCUCUCCAGUCUCAAGCUGACUGUGGGGCACACACAGCAGGAGAAGCAACAGUGCGAAGAGCGAUGGCGCAGCGCACAGGCUGAAAUCUCAGACUUGCAGCAGCUCCUCGCCUCCAAAGAUGCUGAGUUCGAAUGCCUGCAGACCCAACUUCUGGCCAGAGGCAGCGCAGCCAAUCACAACGCAGAGAGAGAGGAGGUGUAUAUCAAACAGCUGAUAAACAAAUACCACGAAUACCAGAGACUGAAGGCGGGGAUGGAGUCUCUUUUAGCUUCAAAUGAUGAAAAGACACGUCGUAUAGAAGAGCUGACAAAUCUGCUUGGCCAGUAUCGAAAGAUCAAAGAGUUCAUGGCGCUCACGCAUGGAAGCAGUGAAGAGGAGCUGUCUGGCAGUUUGACAGUCAGAGCCAUCACACACAAAGCCUACUGUGAUAUCUACAGGUCUGAGAUGUCAUCAAGAGGAUCUUCCCCCCUUAUGUUAUCCUCAUCACCUUAUCAGAGAGAACUUGAUUCAUGUUUUCAUAACUCUAUGGACGUAUCACGUUCUACUGGUGAUACAAGCUUCUUAAAUGGAUUAUGGCAUCAGCGCAGGUUACAGUCUAGCAGUCUUGAGGAAUUGCAGAGCAGAUCUUUACAAAAGCCUGUAGAGAUCCUGCCAGAUGAAAGUGAAUCAGACAUAGGGAGAGAGAAUCCCCACAUGGAGCUGAACAAGUACCAGACGUUGCCAGGAAAGCUGAAUCGAAAAGGUGAGCUCAGGACCAAGAAGAAUGGGGACAGUGAAAGAGAAGACGAAUAUUUAUCUCCUGUAAGGCUCUCGCUUGUCUCUAGCCAUGACCAGGACUACAGUCUAAUUCGCUUCAGGAGUGCCAGUGCUCCCGUUUUAGGAUCUCCGGGAAAGUACAAUCUUUAUUAUACUGAAUGUUCAGAGCAGCUAGAAGAGUCUAUAUUGUCAAACCAGUCCCCUCUGUCCUCUGGAAUGGACUCUGGUCAGCACUCUCCUAUGUCACCAGAAAACAGGAAAAGUCAAAGAGGCAUAAAAAAGCUCUGGGGAUUGAUUCGUCGUAGUCAGUCAGGUAGUCCAAUCCAGAUACAUGACCCCGAGCUUGGCGAUUUCAAGAGGGGAACCACCAGAGCCACAGCUGGACCAAGACUUGCACGUUCUGGAAACAUACGAGACCUGAAGAUGCCUUUUUCCAAGUGGAGCACAGAGCAGGUGUGUGAAUGGCUUGAGGACAUCGGACUCGGCCAAUACGCCAUCUUGGCUCAACAGUGGGUCACCAGUGGUCAAAGUCUAAUGUCAGCCAACGCACAGGAUCUAGAAAAGGAAAUGGUCAUGAAAAAUCCAUUGCACAGGAAGAAACUCCAUUUAUCCAUGAAGACGUUGACUAGCAAGCAGCAUGAGAAGUCUGCAGAGCUUGAUUACCUCUGGGUCACUCGCUGGCUAGAUGACAUUGGCCUUCCUCAGUACAAAGACCAAUUCAAUGAAGGAAGAGUGGAUGGACAGAUGUUGCAGUACCUUACUGUGAAUGACUUGUUAGUCCUAAAAGUGACCAGCCAACUGCAUCAUCUCAGCAUCAAGUGUGCCAUUCAUGUUCUACAUGUUAACAAGUUCAACCCUUACUGCCUCAAGCGCAGGCCUGGGACUGAGAACAAAUUCAUUCCCAGUGAGGUGGUCCAGUGGUCUAACCACCGAGUCAUGGAGUGGCUAAGAUCUGUGGACCUGGCAGAGUACGCUCCAAACUUGAGGGGCAGUGGAGUUCAUGGAGGACUAAUAAUGCUGGAGCCUCGGUUUAAUUCCGAUUCGCUGGCCAUGCUGCUUAACAUCCCUCCUCAGAAAACACUGCUGAGACGCCACUUAACCACCAACUUCAGCAAACUGGUGGGAGCACAGGCCCAGCAGGAGAAGAGAGAGUACACAGAGGCAGUGAACUACACACCCCUCAGCAUCACUGCCAAAGUAAAGCCAAAAAAGUUGGGCUUCUCUAACUUGCGGCGGAGGCGGUCAGAUGAAUCCACAGACUACGUUUGCCCCGUUGAGUCAGCCAGGCCUCUGGAGGGACAUUCAACAGUGAACGGAACCCAGAUGCAUCACUUCAACAAUACAUUCAGAGGCCUGAGCCCCAUCCUGGACACACAGCCUGAUCACACCCGGCACCAGCCCUCAAUAGCUCAGCCCGCAUCCCACCCCAAUCCCGUGCUCCUCAACCCAGCCCAUCAGUGUGACCCAGUGCCGUGACAAGUGAAGAGAUCUCUGUGACGUUCCGAUAAAGCUGCCUGUUGGCUCUACAAUCACAGCCGCCUGUCAUGAUGGAUCUAGUCUGCUUUGUGUUGACAGUCAGGUGCUUAACAAACCCGCCUCAGCCUCCUUUCCCGGUGACACUGUUCAGGCAGGAUACACAAUAUUAAGCCGUUCUACCAAGUGGUGAUGAUUUUGUGAGUUCAUACAGUGAGUUUAUACUUCUGAUUUCCCAGCGUGAUUACAAUUCUAGCACAUGGUUGAGAUGAACUUGUGACAUAGUGCUUUUAUUAUUAGAGAAGUGUAUUUAUUUAUGUAAUUGCAGAGCCAAAUAUGAAACGGAACGGUUGUUUUGAAAACAGGCUGAUUUUGUACAAUGUUCUUCUUUGACACUAGUGUAUGACCUUUUAUAUAAAAUUAAUUGCUUCUUUGAAGAACGCUACAUGUCAUGGAAUUGAACAAAAGAUUGAAUUAAUAAACAUAAACAAGAGUGUGUAU